UUGAUUUUAUUCAACUGAAAGUCGAGACUUGUGGUCUUUAUCAUAUAUUCAACGGAGUAAAGUCGAGUGACUGAAUUUUAAAAAUAGAUUUGAGCACCAAUAACUUUAUGUGAUAUGUGGGAACUAAAACGGACCUUGUUGGUAUUGACAGGUUUGUCCCUGUCUUUGAUACUUCUGCAAUUUGAAAAACUUGUAACCGGAAAAAAAAAUCACUUCAUUAGAAGACAGCAAGAUUCUGCCAUACAAUUUGAACACCGUGUCUGGAACGAACUUCUUAAACAUGACAAUGUUUAUAAAGGUGGUCGUUUGUUGACAAAGGACACUCUAGAGAAUAUAAAAACUAUAAGUACAGAGCAGUGUCGUAGUCAGAGGUUUCUGGUAUUCAAAUGUGAUUCCUCGACUAUAUGUGGAGGUUUGGCUGACCGUCAGAAAGGCAUUGUGUCUUCUUUUCUACUGGCAUUACUUACGAAUAGGACUUUUGUCGUCGAUAUGACAAUGCCGUGCGACCUAAACAACUUUCUCUUGCCAAAUAUUUACAAUUGGUCAUUGUGUAGAGAGUUUCUUAAGGCUGUUCCAAAGGAAAACGUCAAUGAAUUAAAUUAUGUUACUAAAAAUAGAGAGAAAUUCCUCCAUCAAAUUAGCAGUUUUAAUUUUGACGGAAACUGGACAAAGAAAGUGAUAGUUUUACGACUUAACGCCUAUGCAAUAGAUUGGAUUAGACAACAUAGACAAGCUAAAGCACGACUGAAAUGGUUGAUGGAUAUAACAGAUGAAGAAGCAAUACAUUUAGUUCUACAUACUCUGUUUAAACCAAACCAAAGACUAUUGAAGGAUAUCGUACAAUUUUAUGAUAAUCGGGUACUGGGAAGGCAUUUAGUAUGUAGCCAUAUUCGAAUUGGGCAAAAUCCAAGCAUUCCAGCCGACUAUAGACGUCCUAGGGGAUCAUCAAAUGAGACUCUGAUAUUUCAUUUUUUGGAAGCAUACGAUGAUGACCAGAAAUAUGUCACUUACAUUGCUUCCGAUUCAGAAGAUAUAAAAAGACAUGCUGAAACCCGAUUAAAAUCUUACAUUAAUGUAAAUCGAACAAUUGUUCAUGUGGAUCGGCUUGGAAAGCUAAAACAUUAUACAAAAGAAGCGUGUGAGGGAUUGUAUACAGCACUUUUUGAACAAUUAAUUCUCACUUUGUGCGACACACUUAUUUUAACACGUAGUUGCUUUGGGACCAUGGCAGCGUAUAUAAGAGGCGUCUCUGACAAUAUAUUUUUGUUUAUCCCGAAAACGCAACAAAUACUUAAAACAAAUUUAACAAACAUUCAAACCAUUUUCAAAUUUCGCUUUCUUAAAGGUUUCUAGGAUAAUAAAAUCAUAAGUACAAAUUUAAGCAAUGACAGUUUAAAAGUACGUAAGACAUAGUAACUUGUCCCAGUUAAUACCUGACGUUUGGGUUAAAAACAUGGCUUAUUAAGGUAUUUGUGCAUGUUUGAUGUACUGGGAGUAAUGCCGUAACAUCAUUCAUCAGGAAAUCUUAAAAUAAAUGCCUUGAUUAGGCGCAUGGUAAUGGCAAUCAUUUUAUGCAUUAAUAGCAGGGGAUUAAAAUGAUUACCUCGGAAAUGUAACAACAUUUCUGACUUAAAAUAUGAUAUUGCAAUAUCUGACACGUUACAUAAAUCCAAACAUAUUUUAAAGUCAGCUCUGAAUGCGUGAAUAUCUUUAACUAUUGGCAAAUAUUUAAAACAAGUACAAAGACCUCCACAUAUUUUUCCAUAUAAUAGGCCAUAUGUUUAUUUACGCUUGUAAGAUUACGGUCUACAUUGUAGAAAAAAAAUAGAUGCACGCUUGACCCAAAUAACAGUGAUUCAAACCUUUAGUGAAUAUUUUAAAUAGAGCAUCAGUUACUAGGUCAGGUAAUUCCUAUUAAUCAGCAUAAAUGUAAUUUUUUAAUCAGUUUGUAUUGAUUUCACUUAUAUUUGUUUCAUUUCAAAGCAAAAUGACUGUCCUCCUAAUGAUCACAUCGUACGAUCAAGACCAUAAUUUGAUCUAAAAGCUCGACAAACGACAUUCAUUGUCGGACAAAAAACCAACAGCCAUAUAAAAGUCAGCAAUUUAACUGGUUCUUCUUCUUUUUUUGUUAUGUAAUCGGAAGUGGCUCUUCAAUAAUUCCGAUGAAGGAUAUCGAUUUAUUUUGUGAAAAUAAUCUAUACGUACAACGAAGAGCUUAUUUUAAUUAUAUUUCAAAGACAAACCGAUAUGAAAACAAUAUGCGAUAAAGAUAAUCUGGUGCGGGAUUCGAGACACUGAUCACUCAAAUUUUAAGAACUACUAAUUAUGGAAAUACAUUGAGUUGCAUACCAGCUUAAAAAGGAAUUCAGUUACAGGCUUUCCUGUAUAAUAUCUAUUACUAUAGGUUGAAUAUGUGAUAUAGAGAUUAUAGCACCAGUGCAAGGUACGAAUUUGCUUCCGAGCUAAAUAGCGUUACAAGUAUCAAAUGUAUGCUUUACUCUCAGGAUGAUUUUUACUCUAAACAUUUUAGUGUUUACGCCCUAACUAAAAACAUUUAAAAUAUUAUUUCGAAUUACGCGACCGUUUCAUCCGAUAAAUGCUAACAAAUUUUUAUUUGGAAUAAGUAAACGUACUAACGAACAGGAUGUUGCACUAUAAACAGAAGUUCAAAAUUUUAUAAAUAAUACAAAACCUUUUACUAAUUUUUAAACUACUGCCGUUCCUUAUGAUAUAGUCAAUGUAGAUGACGAGCCCGUGUGAUGUGUGUGCGUUGAAGUGGGUGCUUGCGGUCGAAUCCCGGUCUAUUUUGUAGUCUUUUUCUUGUUUAUAGAUUUACAAUUCUUUAACAAUCACUAAAAUUACUUACGUUUAAGAGUUAGGUCCAUCUUUCGGAGAAAAAAUUCGAACAUCACCAAAUCAUAGAAAGAAAGCAUCGUUUUACAUGAAACUUAAAAAGCAUAUACACCAUUGUCAAUUUCCUCAUAUAUGUAUUAAAUUCCGGAA